AUGCUGCAGACAUCAAUCACAAAAUGGCUCAGCAAGCCCAAAACCGUCACCCAGCCCGACGCAGUUCAGCUGGAGCCGCGGCGACCAAAGAAAGCCGAUAACAACAGCACCACGGCCGAGCAGACCGCGAAACCACUCUCGAACACAACAGCAGACAGUGGCGACAAGGUCACGCCCAUUUCUCCAACCCCAUCCCAGGCCCCGACCACAGUUUCCGCACCUGACGGCAGCACUACCGCGUUGGGCAGCGCAUCCGCAAACCAGCCGCUCUCACCACCACCAACGACAACUACUAUAACAACACUUCCGCCUCUCUCGCCAAACAUCACCCUCGCGCCCCUCACCAGCGCCACCAUCCCCUCCUUCCGGCGCCUCAACACCCUCCUCCUCGAAAUCCCCUACCCCACCAAAUUCUACGACGAGAUCCUCACCGACCGCAUCACCGCCUCCAUCACCCUCGCCGCCUUCUGGCGCAACAACACCACCACCUUCUCCUCCUCCUCCAACAACAACACCAACAAACCCACCCAACAACCCCCAGGCAUCCUCGUCGCCGGCAUCCGCUGCCGCCUCCUCUCCGCCUCCUCCAUCCCACUUCCUGCCUCCCCUCAAACCACCACCACCACCACACCAAACGCACCACCCAAACCCCUCCUCUACAUCGCCACCCUCUCGACCCUCUCCCCCUACCGCUCGCACGGCCUGGCCUCGCACCUCCUCGCCGCCGUCACGCGCGCCGCCGCGACACAGCACGGUGUCAGCGGGGUAUGCGCCCACGUCUGGGUCGCCAACGCCGACGGCCUGGCCUGGUACCGUCGUCGCGGCUUCGAGGUGCUGCGCAAAGAGGAGGGCUACUACCGCCGGCUGACGCCGAGCGCCGCGUGGGUCGUGUGGCGCAGGGUCGGGGUGGGGGAUUUGUUGGUGGGGGUGGGUGGUGGUGAGGGUGGUGGUGAAGAAGAAGGGGGUGCGGACGGGGCGCGGGAGGGGGAGGGGGAGAGGGAGGAGGAUGAGGAUGACGGUGGGGAGGAGGAAGGGGAGCGGAUGGAAGGGGUUGUUGAGGGGGGAGGGGGAAGAUGA